CAAGUUCGUGUUCAUCCCGUCUUGUUUUGCAGAGAGGAAGGCAGAUUGUUGGAGGAAGUGCGCGACUGAACCUGCUCAACAAUGGCAUUUCUAUUCACUGCCAUCCGAGUCCUUCUUGGUCUCUUCUUUGGCCUGACCGGUGUAGUCAAGCUGACAGACCAGAUAGCGGCUGAUGUUUACCAACAAAUGAAAUCCCAAUUUGUGCAGUUUUCUGAUGUCUUCCCUUUGAAGGAGCUGGGCUACAAGCCAGACCCGAUGCUGUACAUGCAAGCUGUGGGCUGGGUGGAAUUGGUGGCUGGGAUCUUGUUAGCUGUGGGGCCGCAGAUUCUGCAGGAAAUCAGCAACUUUGUACUCUGCGUUAUUAUGAUCGGUGCCAUCUACACCCUCCUGGUAUUAAAGGAACCAAUUGCCAUGUGUGCUCCAGCCACAGUCUGUCUGGGUCUCCUGCUGCUUCUUAAUAUCAGGGGUCAAGGGAGAAGAGCAAAAUCAAAGUUUGAGUAAGAAGAAUCAGAUCCUCCUCAAACAGGACCAACCAUUUUCCAAUGUGUGAAAUGUUUUUCUAUAAUGUGUGUAUGUUGAGGUGCCUUUUUUUUUUCAAUGGACUGUGAGAUACAAACAAAAAAACCCAAUAAUGAUUGUAGGCUAAUUGCCUUUACUUUAUAUAACACUGUGCUCUUCUAAUACAUUUCCUUUCAGGUGACUGUCUCAUUGUCACUUCAAAACUCUUCAUAACUGAUGUGUUAGGAGAAUAGCCCUCACCGUUUUUGCGCAGAGAGAAAAUAAAUCAAUAUUUGUCUUACA